CUUGUUCACACCUAUACCGGAAGGUGCUCGACUAUCGUCGCUAGCUUUUCCAACCACACCUCUUACCGGUAGUCGCCGGUUUCACCAUUCCACGCAACCAGUUGUUUUCCUGCGAUCCUUUACGCUCCCUCUCGAUGUCUCCUCCCCGAAUCCCGCCGCCUUUUCCAACACUUCAACAAAUCUCGUAAAGGAUUUUGGGAUUAUUUUUCUGCUGGUAGUAGGAGCGCUCCGAUUAGGGUACAAGAUGUGAUUAUUUUCCAAGAGCUUGCUGCCGCGCUCUAGUCCUGAAGUGAUGGCUCAGGUACUUCGUCUAUGGAUGCUAUUGGCAGCGCUGUUCUUGGGUGUUUGGUUUGAUCGAUCAACGGCAGUACUUUCAAGGAACUGCGCUACUGAUAGCGUUGUGUAUUUAAGAUCGAGGGAUGGUUUUCUGGUUUUUGUGAACGGGGAACGAAUCGAUGAUCAAAUUUUAGUGUGCGAGGCCCUGGCGUUUUAUAUUGCGAAUGCAUGUCUGAAUAUUGAUUAUCAAUCCGAAGAUUGGGGACAGAUUGGCAAGCAGUAUUGCGGUCGAGAGUUUAAUUAUGCUGCCGACUUUCAUCGUGAUGCUAUUUCUGUGGAAGCACUUCAUAUGGUAGGAAGAAAGCUUUUACUACAGCCUCAGGUUGAUUCCUCUAACAUGGAUAGUGUAGGAAGAAAGGAGCUGUCACAGGAGACCGUCAAAACUCAUUGGAUAAAAUUUUCAACCAAGGGCAAGGCUCUAGCUGUACCAGGAAUGUUCCUUCUAUGUUGUGUGGUAAUUUGCCCUUGCUUUCGUGCAAAGAAGAAAGAACCACUUGAACAAAAAGCUCUGGACAAAGAACCAAAUCCAUCUGAUUUGGUUUCUCCUAUGGAAGGAUCUGAUUCAGAAAAAAAUAAUCUGGCUAGUACACAAAAAGUAGCUCCCAGCCCACGUUUUUCAUCAUCUCCACAACAAAGUAGAAUUGGGUCGUUACAGCUAACAAUCAAUCAGAUCAUCAAGGCCACCCAAAACUUUUCACCUUCGUUGAAGUUAGGUGAAGGAGGAUUUGGAAUUGUGUAUAAGGGCAUUCUACAGGAUGGCCAUGUUGUUGCUAUAAAACGAGCAAAGAAGGAACAUUUUGCAGCUGUCCGUGAUGAGUUCAGAAGUGAAGUAGAACUUCUUGCUAAAAUUGAACACAGAAGCUUAGUGAGAUUACUUGGUUACACUGAAAAAGGAAAUGAACGAAUUAUUGUUACCGAAUACGUGCCAAAUGGUACUCUCAGAGAGCAUCUUGAUGGUCUGCACGGACAGAUUUUAGAUUUUAAUCAACGACUUGAAAUAGCAAUUGAUGUUGCACAUGCAUUGACAUAUCUCCAUCUAUAUGCAGAAAAGACAAUAAUCCACAGAGACGUGAAAGCAUCGAACAUUCUGCUUACUGAAAGUUUUAGAGCCAAGGUAUCUGACUUUGGGUUUGCAAGAAUUGGGCCAACGGAAGCAGGACAGACUCAUAUUUCAACUAAAGUAAAAGGAACUGCUGGGUACCUUGACCCUGAAUAUCUAAGGACUUACCAACUCACACCCAAGAGUGAUGUAUUUUCGUUCGGCAUAUUGCUCAUUGAAAUACUUUCUGCCCGUCGUCCUGUUGAAAUGAAGAGAUGCUUCGAGGAAAGGAUUACUCUCCGAUGGGCUUUCAGGAAUUUCAAUGAUGGAAAUGUGAAAGAGGUGCUGGAUCCCAAGUUACAAGAAAAUGUAAACCUUGAAGUAGUUAGAAAGAUGCUUAGUUUGGCCUUUCAUUGUGCUGCUCCUACUCGUGCAAAUCGGCCAUUAAUGAAAGAAGUUGGAGAGCAGCUGUGGGAAAUACGGAAGGACUUUGGGAAUUCUCUUAGGACUUGUUGAAGGAGCUCUCAUUCAAUUUCCAGAGGAGAUGAAACCUUUGAGAUCAUCCGAUUUACUUCAUCUUUUCCGUCGUUUCUGAAAUGAUAACUUAUCAUUCUUGUGAGUUUUAAUCUUGUCACCAAAGAUAAUCUUAGUGUAUAUUGAGAGGUGAAAAAGGCCUUUUAUA